AUGGAUCUCCAACGGGCGUUCUUAUCUAAACGCAAGCAUACAUGCUGGACUGUGUGGUUAAAACACCACAAGAAGAAGUGUCCUUUCAUCAACGAUCUUAGCCACCUCCUGCCUGAUAUCGAGUUUCUAGAGCUAUUGUUCACUGGAAGCCAUAGCUAUCUCUUCAAAUACACCCUGACGCAACCUGACUGGCCGGAAUCACGGUUCGAAAGAAAUGCAUGGGAGAAAGACCCCUUUAUCGUUGAAUGUCAAGUGUAUGAUUACUUGAUUGAAAACAAUCUAAGCGGAGUGGUUGGGCCUUGUUGCCAUGGCUGGCUCAAGCUUGAUAAAGCCCAGGAACAAAGCUUGGAAUGGAAGCUAGAAUGGCGGCGGAGAACAAAUACAACUGAAGACCCUAUUUGUGGACUGUUGCUCGAAUACAUUGAUGGGUGUACCAUCGACAAGGCUAGUGUUACUCCCGCUGGAGCGCAGAGUUUGCGAGAUCAGCUCAAUCAUCUACACAAUAUGGACAUCGCCCAUGGUGACCUGUUUCCACGAAAUAUAAUGGGAUCAAAUGAUGGCCGUGCAUUUCUUGUUGAUUUCAGCUCUGCAAAGUUAUGGCCUCAUAGUUCCUUUAUGAUACGCAAAAGAGAAGACUUCCUAUGCUACACUCAAAGUGAGAAAGGCAAACUUGAACUACUUUUGUUUCGCCUUCAAAAGGUAAAGCUCUUCCCCCUUGAUUCAUGCGAGAUUUUAGCUUAUGGAACCCAGUUAAAACGGCACCAAGGCAUGACAUUUAGCACAACCGAAAGUGAGGAACAAGCAUACGGUCGCCCGGUGUGUUCCUGGGCAAAUGCAAAUUACGCGGUUGUUGACGCGGAGGAUGGACGCCCGAAACCUAAACAGAAGAACUCUCAGUUAAUUUGGAAUGCAAAGCCUGCAUGA